AUGCAGCCUACACGUAAAUUGAGUUUACCAGACGAGAGCCUGAUGACAAUGUUUCGCAGACGAGCGCUUACGGACAUUGUAGAGCACGAAGAAGGUAAAGUAGAUAGUGAUAAUAGUGAAGAAGCGAACGCAAGCAUUCCACACCCUCAAGGUCGUCGCAAGGAAGACGAAGAGAAACAAGAAUCACAACUUCCACAACUGCAUCAAGUUGUUUUGGAUGGUAACUCAGAAUUGCUGAAAGAACUAAUUAAAAAUGGCGCAGAUAUAAACGUUUUGGAUGAAUCUGGUUGGCCGCCCAUGCACACAGCCAUUCGAGCUGGCAAGACGGAAUGUGCCGCUAUACUUAUCAAGGAAGGUGCCGGAGAGUUUUACUACAAUAAACAGAAACAGGACUAUCUUAAAAGACUUGAACGUUCCCAAAAGGGACGCAAGAUAUCCUACUGGAGGUGA